GGUUUAUGGCUGAUAAAAGGGGGAGAAAAAUGAAAAUGAAGUCCCGCUGCAAAAUCUAUCGGAAAAUUUUGUACCCAGUCGAGUGAUGGAGCAGUCGAUUCCCUUCAAGAGCCUCCAUAUUCGUGAGUUCCAAGGUCACAAGAAAAAGGUACAUUCUGUAGCUUGGAAUUGCAUCGGAACAAAACUCGCCUCCGGUUCUGUUGAUCAAACUGCUCGCAUUUGGCACAUUGAACCACACGGACAUGGUAAGGUUAAGGAUAUUGAGCUUAAGGGGCAUACUGAUAGUGUGGAUCAGUUGUGCUGGGACCCCAAGCACUCGGACUUGAUUGCUACUGCUUCCGGUGACAAGACUGUUCGAUUGUGGGAUGCUCGUAGUGGAAAAUGCUCACAGCUAGCAGAACUUAGUGGAGAGAAUAUCAAUAUCACCUAUAAACCAGAUGGGACACACGUGGCUGUUGGAAAUAGGGAUGACGAAUUAACAAUACUGGAUGUCCGGAAAUUCAAACCCCUUCACAAGCGCAAGUUUAACUAUGAGGUAAAUGAGAUCGCAUGGAAUAUGACCGGAGAUAUGUUCUUUUUGACAACUGGAAAUGGCACUGUGGAGGUUCUAGAUUAUCCAUCUCUGCGAGCAGUUGACACUCUAAUGGCUCACACAGCUGGUUGUUAUUGCAUUGCAAUUGAUCCCUUAGGAAGGUACUUUGCUGUUGGAAGUGCUGACUCAUUAGUUAGUCUUUGGGAUAUCUCGGAGAUGCUUUGUGUGCGUACAUUUACAAAACUUGAAUGGCCAGUCAGGACAAUAAGUUUCAAUCACACAGGAGAAUAUAUUGCUUUGGCGAGUGAAGAUUUGUUCAUUGACAUAUCAGUUGUUAGUAGUGGAAGAUCGGUUCACCAGAUUCCAUGUCGAGCGGCCAUGAACAGUGUGGAAUGGAAUCCUAAGCACAAUUUGUUGGCGUAUGCUGGAGAUGACAAAAACAAAUAUCAGGCUGAUGAAGGUGUAUUUCGCAUAUACGGCUUUGAAGGUGCAUAACCAAAUAUUUUUAACUAAGCGCAGCCUAUGGGAUGAAUAGUUUUCGUGGGAAUACGAAGGGGCUAUGGAGCAAAUCCCUGCGUAGGCAAUACAGAACAGUAAAGUGCGGGAUUCCUUGAGCAAACAAUGUGGGAAUACACAGGAAGAUAUUUACUUUUUUCCCCAUGAACCUCCAAACUCCUGUUGAUGUGAUUUUUAUCACAUAUAUGGUGUUCAUUUAAAGUCCUUUUGGAUAUCAGCACAGAUUUUAUUUAGUAAAAUUGAUAUAUCAAUUCUGGAACAAGGUGUGCUUUGAGUGUUCUUCAUCUCAUCUUACAAUGAACAUCUGAUAAUAAGAUGUAAUGUUCAUUUC